AUGUUUUGUUCAUAUUAUUCUGAGUUCAAAUGGCAGGCACACAUGCGUUGCAAGAACAUGGUAGUGGUGGUACGCAACCCUAAGCAUAGCAGAUUCUGCAAUCCCCAGACAACCUUGUAUUCUAUUCUAUGUGUCACACACCCUCUGGGAACUCUACCUAAACAUGGUAUAACACGGGUUAACCUAAAUGUUGCACCCCUGUCAUGCUCUUUUACUUUCCACUCUUUACCUAAUCUUGGACAAUACAACGUAGGAGAUGAACUUCAUUGGGUUUCCCAUGAAUCUGUCACGUGCCCUUGUACCUCAACUUCUGCCUCCCACGUGAUUUUUAGUAAAGGAAAAGUGGGUAUUUUCAUACAUAGUACAUCUUAA